UUCCCUGCUCUCUCAUAGACUCAUACCAUACUCUCUCUCUCUCUCUCUCUCUCUCUCUCUCUCUUCAAUGGAAAAUUUCACCCAUUUUUUUUAGCUUCCAACUCUGUGCAACAAUGUUAUCCAAAACAUGAAAGCAAAGGAAGAGAAAAAUCUAAGUGGCCCAAAAUUGUAUCUGGGGUAUAAGGACUGACUGACUGACUGAGUAUAUUGAUGAACAAAUUGUAAACAACAUGUUGAGGAGGACAACUGAAUAUAAAAUGGUAGGGGAGAGAAGGGAGAACAUUAUGCCUGUGGAGGUAGCAAUCCAAAGAGAGCUAGCAUAUAGGAGGAAGGUAGCUAUGUUGCAGUUUACAUUAGAUGAAGAUUUGAAAGAUCUUAUGCCUUUGCAGGUGCUGUCUUCACAUUCAAGUCCCAUUCACAGCCCAAGACCAUUGGAAUGGCCAAGUGCAAGUCCAAGUCCGGUCCCAAGCACAAAUCGUUCAGUGCUAUCUUCACUUUCAAGUCCCAACCACAGCCCAAGACCAUUGGAAGGGCCAAGUUCAAGUCCAAAUCCAAGUUCAAGUCUGGUUCCAAGCACAAAUCUUUCAGGGAUAAAGCGAAAAGAGCUGAUCAACUGCCUUCAAUACCUGCAACCUGAGCAGCCCGGGCUAUCUCAUGGUAGUGUCAUGCUUAAGGAUCAGAUAGAUAACUUAUUUUGCAAGAUUUGCCAAGUGCAGUGCUCAGGUGCCUUUAAUCUCGAGCAACACUUUAAAGGAAGAAAACACAAGGCGAAAGUAGAAGAGUUGGAACUUAAUAGGAAAUAUGGAGGAGAGAAAGCAAACCAGCUUCAAUGUUGUGAAUUGUGUAAAGUAACGUGCAUGAAUGAAACUUUGUUGAAGCUGCAUUUACAAGGAAAAAAGCACAAGGAGAAACUACAACAACUGGAAUUGUUACAACAUGGAGAAGAAAUCCCAAACCAGCCACAAUGGUGUGAAUUGUGUAAAGUAACAUGCAUGAAUGAAACUUUGCUGAAGCAGCAUUUUCAAGGAAAAAAGCACAAGGACAAACUGCAAGAACUGGAAUCAUUAAAACAUGGAGAAGAAAUCCCAAACCAACCGAAGUGGUGUGGAUUGUGUAAAAUUUGGUGCAUGGGUGAUCAUAAUUUCAAGGAGCACCUUGAAGGUCAAAAGCAUAUUGUUCAGCUACAUGCUUUUCAGAAGGAAAAGAGGGCCAAACAGAUAAUUGAGAUUGGCUAAAGUCAUGACACAGAAUUUUAUUUUUGCCAAGAAAACAGUGAAAAUCUGUUUGAACUUAGUGCAUAUGACUUCUAGUCUCUAGAGUGAGUUUCUCCCUUUCCUCAUAUAUAGGCACCUAUAAAUACAAAGAAAAAAAGCCAAGAGUCUUGUAGGUCAACUAAUAUCUUUUGGCGUGUCCAACAGAGAUAUUUAGGAUUCAAAUCCCCCCUCCUCAUUGUAAAUAUCAAUUUAUCAAAAAAAAUUCACUGAAAAAAAAAGUAAUUUUGAACCAA